CGGAUAUUAUAAGUAAUAAUACUCUAAACUGACUAAAUGUCCAUGUUUAACUUUCACACUAACUUUGUCUGCAUUUCUUUAUUUCACAAAUAACAGGCAAGUAUGUUGGUUUAUAACGGCACAGAUGUCCAAUCUUUCCUGAUCUCUUGGCUCCAGCAUUACCUCAACCAAACCUGGAUAAUACCACCAGCUCCACCUACAGCUCACCUGCCACCUGCACCUUUGAGCGCAGUGCAAAUCAAAGGCCAAAGCCAAGGAAUGAUCUACAUUCUACUGGUGGUGGGGCUCUUCAGUUUCUUCACUUUUGGCAUCAUGUUCAGCUACAUCCGCUCUAAAAAGCUGGAGAACUCACAGGAUCCUUACCACCAGUACAUCGCCCGAGACUGGGCCAGUAUGUUGUCUCCUCCCUCUGUAGCCAUUACGCAGGCUCUCAGAACCAAGAAGGAGCCUGUGGUUAUUGGAAACCCAGCUGUACUACAGCAUCUACCUGGGUGAGGAACCAAAAACCAUGGCAACGAGUGCACCUGGAGAACUAAUGGUGAUAACUAGACAUUAGCAUAAUGCUUUUAGAGUAAGUCAGAUUAAACUAAAUAUUAAAUAGUAUGGGUCAUUUGCUAGACUAGGAGGAAAUGUAUACUGUAUAUCAAACAGUUCAUGCUCCACAGCCCAGUGCUGGGAGGCUUUUUGCAUCGGGCAUAGAGACCUUAGGCUCAUGCAUGUCUGCUCCAGAGCAUCCAAAUUUAUUGGCAAUGCUUCUCUAUGGAGAUUACAGACGCUGGUAAGUGUUAAAGUAGCUGAAUCCACUAACUAGGAGGGGUGACAACAUAU